UCUAGCUGUAGGUCCAGAUUUUUCAAGAACACUCUUGAAAAGAGUAACUCUUGUCAAAGUGGGAGGUGAAGUUGUCAUUGAGUGUAAGCCAAAAGCUUCUCCAAAACCUUUCUACACCUGGAAAAAAGGAAGGGACAUAUUAAAAGAAAAUGAAAGAAUUACCAUUUCUGAAGAUGGAAACCUCAGAAUCAUCAAUGUGACUAAAUCAGAUGCUGGAAGUUACACCUGUAUAGCCACUAACCAUUUUGGAACCGCUAGCAGUACUGGAAACUUGGUAGUGAAAGAUCCAACAAGGGUAAUGGUACCUCCUUCCAGUAUGGAUGUCACUGUUGGAGAAAGUAUUGUUCUGCCAUGCCAGGUAACACAUGAUCAUUCACUAGACAUCGUGUUUACUUGGUCGUUUAAUGGACACCUGAUAGACUUUGACAAAGACGGGGACCACUUUGAAAGAGUUGGAGGGGAUUCAGCUGGUGAUUUGAUGAUCCGAAACAUCCAACUGAAGCAUGCUGGGAAAUAUGUCUGCAUGGUCCAGACAAGUGUGGACAGGCUCUCUGCUGCUGCAGAUCUGAUUGUAAGAGGUUCCCCAGGUCCCCCAGAAGCUGUGACCAUAGAUGAAAUCACAGACACCACUGCUCAGCUCUCCUGGAGACCCGGACCCGACAACCACAGCCCCAUCACCAUGUAUGUCAUUCAAGCCAGGACUCCAUUCUCUGUAGGCUGGCAAGCAGUCAAUACAGUCCCAGAACUCAUCGAUGGGAAGACAUUCACCGCGACCGUGGUGGGUUUGAAUCCUUGGGUUGAAUAUGAAUUCCGCACAGUUGCAGCCAACGUGAUCGGGAUUGGGGAACCCAGUCGGCCCUCAGAGAAACGGAGGACAGAAGAGGCCCUCCCCGAAGUCACGCCAGCUAACGUCAGUGGUGGUGGAGGCAGCAAAUCAGAGCUGGUUAUAACCUGGGAGACGGUCCCCGAGGAAUUACAGAAUGGUAGAGGCUUUGGUUACGUGGUGGCCUUCCGGCCCUAUGGCAAAAUGAUCUGGAUGCUGACGGUGCUGGCCUCAGCUGACGCCUCCAGAUAUGUGUUCAGGAACGAGAGUGUGCGUCCCUUCUCUCCGUUUGAGGUUAAAGUGGGCGUCUUCAACAAUAAAGGAGAAGGCCCUUUCAGCCCCACCACAGUGGUGUAUUCUGCAGAAGAAGAACCCACCAAACCACCAGCCAGCAUCUUUGCCAGAAGUCUUUCUGCCACAGACAUUGAAGUUUUCUGGGCCUCCCCGCUGGAGAAGAAUAGAGGACGGAUACAAGGUUAUGAGGUUAAAUAUUGGAGACAUGAAGACAAGGAAGAAAAUGCUAGAAAAAUACGAACCGUCGGAAAUCAGACAUCGACAAAAAUCACCAAUUUAAAAGGCAGUGCACUGUAUCACUUAGCUGUCAAGGCAUAUAAUUCCGCUGGGACAGGCCCGUCCAGUGCCACGGUCAAUGUGACAACCAGAAAGCCACCACCAAGUCAACCCCCCGGAAACAUCAUAUGGAAUUCAUCGGACUCCAAAAUUAUCCUGAAUUGGGAUCAAGUGAAGGCCUUGGAUAAUGAGUCAGAAGUAAAAGGAUACAAAGUCUUGUACAGAUGGAAUAGACAAAGCAGCACAUCUGUCAUUGAAACAAAUAAAACAUCGGUGGAGCUUUCUUUGCCUUUCGAUGAAGAUUAUAUAAUUGAAAUUAAGCCAUUCAGCGAUGGAGGAGACGGCAGCAGCAGCGAACAAAUUCGAAUUCCAAAGAUAUCAAAUGCCUACGCAAGAGGAUCCGGGGCUUCCACUUCAAACGCGUGCACGCUGUCAGCCAUCAGUACGAUAAUGAUUUCCCUCACAGCUAGGUCCAGUUUAUGACAAAAGUGAUCGAAAGGACUCACUGUUUAUAAUAUAAGCAACAUUUAGCUAAUUGUUUUGAAGACACCCAGUACUAAGUAAUAUUGUUGUUCAAGUACAUCUUAUUACUGGAAAAAAAAUGUUUUUUGCUUCUUUAGGAAUGGCAUUAUACAGUACUUCCUCAAAGCAAAUCUAGCUUUGUCUGAAGUUUCUUUGGAAACUCUGCAAUGCACUGAAGACAUCUGUAAUAUGAUGUUACCAAAGCAGUUUACAUAUGUCCUUAUAUGCAUAUUUUUAUUAUAUAUUUAGUGUUUUAUAGAAUUUUUUAAAGUUAACAUAUAAUGUAGAUAUUAAUUUUUUCCUCUGCUAUAAAAUGCUAUGGGCAACACAAUCAUACAAUUAUGAUUUGAAAAUAUUUCCCUUGAAGACAGAGUGAGUCUUGGUAAAUAAAUUGCAAAUUACUUGUACAGUUUUACAAGGAUCUAGAGGCAAAACCGCUGAAGACUUGGUCUACAACUCAAGGCUGCUGUAUGUAAAUUACUCUUUGAAUGAUGAAUGCAUUGAAUCAAGUCCUUUUGACAUGUACAAUAUGUUUUCCCACCCUGUUGUGAGUGUUGUUUUCAACGCAACUCAAGAUGGUUUCAGGAAUGGCUGCAAUCUCAAAAGCUAAACUUACUGUCCAAGAGGUACUUUGUGCAAUAUUCUCACCCCUGAAUUUAGCAUUGUACGGUAAGACUUUCUUUUCACUCAACUAAGUUAGCAUUGUCUUUGUAGUAGCAUUAUCUUAGACAUUAAAUUUGAACUUACAUAUCCUGUAGUAACAUAGACCAAAAGUUACUAUAGUCAACCAAGUCUUUCAAAGGAUAAAAGAUAAUUUUACUAUCUUUAAAUGUAUCUGUUUUAAAUGUAAAUUUUUUAAAACAGUAAUUCUGUCAAUGGAUUCAUAAUUUCUUUAAAAAAUUUCUUAUAUGUAAUAUGUGUAUCUCUGUAAUAAUAGAGCCCUUCUUUUGAAUCGAAGUUACAUAUGGGGUUUGGAAGAUUUCUCCUAUUUCAGCAAAUAGUUGCACAAAGAAUUUUUCAUAUGACUCUAUAAAAGACCUUUAGUACAA